UCCGUUUUCCAGGGAGUCGCCAAGUUUUAUGGCAUAUUGUUAUAAUUGCUAUGAUGUCAGAGUGUCCGUCCAAUUUAAUCGGACUUAAAACAACAAGGAAUACGUUCCGUUCAGACAGAGAGAGCACAUAUUCGGACCAUCCAUUGGAGUACAAUGAACCAAGAUUGGUUUUUAAUAAUUAAUUAUUAUUCAACUGGACUUUGGGCUACCAAACAGGUUUUUUUGCAGUUGGACCACCAGCCUUGCCGUUACCAACAAAGACGUUUUCAGUUUUAGGAUGCUGCUACGCACCACCCUCUCUCUGACCCUCCUUGUGUUGGUCGGCGCAGGCCUUUGCGUUGCAGUGAUAUCCCAGCUGCACAGUAGUUUCCGUGGCUGCACGGUGCGGGAGUUUUCCUUCAUGGCACAGAAGCCUGGAUGCAAGAGCCUCCGUAUUGACACCGAGGCCUGCUGGGGCCGGUGCAACACGUGGGAGAAGCCGCUCCCAGAGCCUCCAUACAUCCAGCGGCACCACCGUGUGUGUUCCUAUGGGCGUACCCGCUACCUGAUGGCCCGUCUGCCUGGCUGCCUGCCUCACGUCUCCCCGCUCUACCCCUAUCCAGUGGCUCUGCAGUGCCACUGUACCGUCUGCUCCACGGAGGACACAGAGUGUGAGACAUUCUGAUUGUAGUGAACAGAGGGAGAUAUGAGAGUGUUCUUGUGUGUUGUGCGGGUAAAACAGCAAAAUAUUAGCAUCAUGUUGUCAACGAUACUGUGGCUUAGGAUGGUUUGUUCGUAUUGGCCACUGCAACAAGAGCAUGUGUUGCAGCAGCAUAGGUUUGAAGCCAACUUGCGCUUUCAGCAAAAAAAUAUAUUUUCCUGUUGUCUCUAUCAAAAAAUUAAAGCCUGAAAAAUUACAGUAUACAGCUCUGGAAAAAAUUAAG